CACAACACAGCAGAGUAACAUAAGCCUGACACACUUACACACAAACACACACACGAGAUGUUUGGACCCGUAUAGCAGCCAGACGCAGACGAAGCUCGGAGGUCUGGAUUAUCAAAAGUUUGGGAUAGAUUAACCAGAUAACCCUGGUGAUGAUGAUGAAGCUGAAUCAGGUUACGGCCCUGUGGGAGAGCUGCUGCCUCUUCAUCAUGUUGCAUCCUCUGUAACCCAACAUGACCAGUAUUCUGCUGAUCCUCCUGCUGCCAGUGGUCAGAGCCCAGCGUGUGUCUCCGGUGCCGUCAUGUCCUGCUUCCUGCGUGGUUUGUUCUGAGGACGCAGUCAUCUGUCAAAGACUGGCUCACUUUAUUGGUGCUGCAGACUCGACCCAGGCUCUGCUGCUAACAGAUGGUUCCAUCGCUACAAUCCAAACUGCCUCACUGUCUAACCUCACAAACAUCACAGUAGUAGGUCUCAGUAACAACCAGAUCUCAUCGCUCAGUGAGAAGGCCUUCAGAAACCUGCCUUUCCUCCACACUUUGCAGCUGGACCACAACCUCCUGACCAGCCAGACUCUGCAGGGUGGAGCUCUGACCAACCUCACCCAGCUGGAGGUUCUCUCCUUGGGCCAUAACCUCAUCAACAUGGUUCAGGCUGGUUGGUUCAAAGGCACAAAGGCUUUGCUGAACCUAAAACUUGAUGGAAACCUGCUCACCAGUUUGGACUCUGGAUCAUUUCCUCUGAACGACUUCAGGGUUCUGGAAAGUCUAGAUCUGUCAGACAACUUGAUUGAGCACAUGGAGAAAUACAGUUUCAGAGGGUUGGUGAGCUUGAAGACCCUGGAUCUCUCCAGAAACCGCCUGAGUUCUGCACCUGCUGAGGCCUUUUCCUACCUCAGCUGGCUCACAAACCUCAACCUGGACCUCAAUUCGUGGAACUGUUCUUGCGAGCUGCUGGAGCUGGCUGCUGUCCUGUCCAACUUUAUCCAACAACCUGAUAAGACCUUGUAUAACGGCCGUCGGAUGGUGUGCGUGAGCGCCAACAACCCGGCUGUAACCACGGUGCUGGAGCUGACCGAGGCCAACUGCAUCCCGUCCAAUCAGAACAUCACGCUGCAGGUCGAGACAAAAGGAAGCGUGACGCCUCGACUGUACGCUCGAGAUCUGACCAUCACCGCUGUUAUCUGCUUCAUGGGAGGGGUUGGUUUGACUCUGCUGAUUGUCCUUUUAUACCAUCAAGUGUCUCAGAGGAAGAAUAUGAAAGAAAGUCAAAGAGUGAAAGAGGAAGACGAGAGAAGCAGUCCUGUAGCUAAUCAUGUCAACCACCUCAACGUUAGAGAGAGGACAAGGGACUUUGUCUUUCAAGCCAACAGCGGCGAGCCGUGGAACAAAGAGGCCGUGAUGUUGGAUGGAAGAUCAGACCGACAGAUUCCAAAUCCUAUGAGAAAGGAGAGCUGGAUGAACGGAGGAGUCAAGGUUGAGGACCAGGAAAGGCAGAGAGCCAGGAUGAUGAUGGACGAAGAGAGGAGGAGGAGAGCAAGUCAGCAACAAAAGUUUUAUUCUCAUAACACCAACUCAUCCUCCCAUCCACUGAGAGAAAGUACAGAAACCUGGAUGUCACAUACGACUGACAGGAACAGGGACAAACACAGGUCUGACGUGGAGGCAAAGCUCAGAGGUUAUGAGACGUUACACCCAAAGAGCAUCCACAGGACGUACAGAUCACCAGAGCAGAAUGGGAUUCAAGACGAGGUUGAUCCGAAUGACCCGUACGUUUUGAAUGGCAGAGGGAGGAGCGAUCCGUUUGAAAAGAUGCAAAGUGCAGAUUUCAAGAGAGAACCAAGAAAUGUGAAGUUUGAUCUGCAGAGUCUGAGAAUCAGCCACGACAAAGAUGUUCAGGAGGAGGCUGCAAACCCCCGAGACAAAGAGGAGGAAAGAGAAAGGAGACACAAAGUUCAAUCUGGCCGCACACUCAAGGUCAAAUUAAACCUAAACCCCCUGAGAAACAGCAAGGUUCACCCCAGGAGGAGAAGUGAAGAAGCUCACGCAGAACACAGGAGCUCCAAAAGAAGUAAAGAGAGAAGGCGACACGAAAGGGAAAGAGAGGAGUUGGAAAAAGAARGAAAGCAUGACAAGAAAAAGCACAGCAACAAGAAAAGGAGGAAAUCCUCUAAAAGCGAAGUUUCCACAAAGGAWGGUGAGGAAGAGGAAGAGCAGAAAGCAGAAACCGGAGAGAAUUCUCAACUCAAAAAGACAACUUCAAAAAUGGAGAACGCUGACCAAGAAGGUCCAGGAGACCAGGUCAAGAACCCAAACCCAGAGAGCUCCCAGCCUGCUGCCAGUGCACAAAGUCUGCAUCAGUACCAGGCAGGACCUGCACUGAACCGGGCUCAGCUUCUCUCCCAGUACCCCUUCUCCUUCCUUCCUGCUGACAGGAAUCGGACUACCAGCCUCUCAUUGGGUGGACCAGCUGGCUCACAGCUAACUGGCAGCAGUUUGUCUCUUCAAACAGGAAACGUUUUCCUCACUCCAGGAUCUAAUCCACUACUUCCUGCYAAUCUGGCUGCUCCAGGCGUAGGACUCACUGGACUCAACGUGGCUCCAGGAGGGUCCUCAGAAAACCUGAGCAGACCAGCUGCAGGAGGCGCGGUGUCUGCGGUUCCCUUGCUUCUAGCUAAAACUGCUCAGAGCACUUCAGUUCACUCAGCCACUCCUCAAACAUCCCAAUCUGAAGAGCAGGUUCUGAGUUCAGUGAACCCAGCUGCUGAUCCAGCUCUGGGUCAAGGCUUUCACAUUGGGGAAGGACUACUUCAGUUGCCCAAUAAGUCACAAGYACCCGCAACCCAAGGCAGCAUCCCCAACCAGACUCAGGAUGACAAGUCUGGAGUCCAGGCUCCAGAACUGGAGACUGUGGUGGAGAACAUGUCCACCAGUAACAGCCAGACUGUCAACGUGCCACCUGGUGGACCUCAGUCUGAAGCAGCUACAAACGUGGGUUCUGGAGGCAGCAUAAAAGCAGCAGGUGGGUCUGUUCUGGAUGUCUCAGGACCUGGUGUGUCCGCAGAGUCCUCCUCAGGAGCUGCUGCUCUCCUGCAGCAGGAGUACCUGUCAGAGGAAGGAGGCUCAUCUCCGAGGAGGAGGCUGAGGCUCAUUCUUCCUGAAAAGUCGUCCAACAACCCGCCCACUGCUCUGGAGAGGAAAAUACGAUAGCAGCUCUUUUUUAAGAACUCUUUUUAUUUUUUGUCUGCAGGUAAAGAUUUGAAUAAAAGAUGUAAAUGAGUACAUUUAAGACUUUAAAAUGACUCUUUCAUGUGACAUUACUGCUACACUUUAGCUUUUGUUUUCUGUUUUGCUUUCAUAAAAUUGUAAAAAAAAUGUAAAAAAAAGGUCAUUUUUAUAUUUCACAGGUCCUUUGUGACUUUGAAAACAGCACCUGGCAAAACAAUCUGACUUGACUUAAAAUGCACUUGGUGGCUUUGCUGGAUUCACAGACAGAACUUCCUCAGUUGUCAAAGAUCUGUGGACCASAAUCUGUUCUCACGUUUAAGUGCUAAAGAAAAAGUCCAAACGYUAGGAUCUGGGAGCAAAACGUCGAUGUUUCAUGACUGGAAAUCAGCAUCACUACAGCUGCAGCUGYUGUGGGAUGAUCCCAGUCUGGAGUGGUCAUCACACCAAAAGUGGUUCAAGAAAGGAAACCAGUGAAAUCAGUGAUGGAACCUCUGGCAGCCAAGAGUCAGACAGACAGGACUGAAGGCUGGCUUCUGUGGUGGAGGUGGAGAGAGGACACAAUUAUUGCACGUUUAGGCAGCUUAACCAAAUAAAGCUCCUUAUUAAUUUACA